AUGUUAAUUAUGGUUAACUAUCCAACUGUGUUCACCUACUACAGCAUGUUUGACGAUGACGAGGUCUUGCAGCGGAUACGCAGAGCCAUCCUCAUAAUUGGCGGUAUUCUCGCCAGUAUGCAGCUGAUUGGUUGCAUUACCGUUCGACCCAGGCCAAAUCCCCCGCCCGAUGAAAUGAGCGUUACCUCGGAAGACAGGACAACUGGCGCCCUCGGUUGGAGUGGAAACGGAAACUGCCGUUACUCCGCGGCAGGUAUUCAAAAUGCUCGAUCUGUACAUUUUCUGGGCAAUUAUGCUGUUAACGCUGAUUCCCUUCACUCUGGUCUCGUCAACUAUGAAGAAACCCACUACAGCACGCAACUCACUAAAAGGGACGAGAUGAAGCUCUUCCGAGAACACUCCAGAGCUAAGGGCUAUUUCGAGCGUUCAUUCAACGAAACCGAAUGUGACCGAACCACGGAACGAGGAGCAUUGCCCACCAAAGUCGUCGCGGAGCAACCCGUACCUGAAAGUGGUUUCCGAAAUCGUGGCUAG